GUCAAAAGCAGCUCCGUGCACCGGCGCCGCAGAGCGGAGCCAAUGCAUUCUCAGCAGCCAAACUAACUUCGGGCGCUCGCUUCCCCCCAUCCCCACCCCUCGCCGCCUGUCACCUUCCCCGUUCGGCAUCGGGAGCCUCGAGCCUGCUUGGAAAGGGGGGGGGCGUGUGUGUCUGUGGGUCGAGGCGGAGGCCGGGGAUGCGAUCCCCGUUUGCAACCUGACCUUCCUUGGAUUACAGCCAGAGAGCUUUUCACGCCGCUCCUCCUUGCUCUGGGUUUGCCUGCAUGCUAAGGAAGGAGGAACCUUUGCGUGUGCUGCUGCUGCUGCUUUUUCUUCUCUGAUCUGCCCCUCCCCUCCCCUCAGCUGCUUCCAGGGCUUGGCUGUGUAUUUAUUUAUUGAUUGAUUUAUUGGAUCGCCGCCUUUUCUUUCUUUUUUUUUAAUCGUCCUCUCCAACACAGAACGUCUCUUUGAAGGCUACUUGGGUGCAGGUGACACACCCUCCUCCUCCUCCUCCCUCUCUCCCCCCACCCGCACCCCCGGCGCUUCAUUCACUCCUCUUGUUAGUACAAGGGCAAUAGCUGUAGAUUAUUGGAUCUGUCCGGUUCUUCUUCUUCCUCUUCUUCUGUGAAGCUGCUGUGAAGCUGCUGCUGCUUGAUCGCCGGUCGCAGAAGGCAAAUGCCGGGAAAGGGAGCGAAGAAGAGAAGCUGUGUUGUCUUUGCAGCAAAGUGAAAAACGGAGAAGGCUGCAAAGCUGAUCCGGCGGAGCAGACCAAGCCGAGGGAGAGACUUUCUGCUCCUCCUAAAAGAAAAGAUAAGAGGAGAGGAGGGUGGGGGAAAAAAAAUCCUUGGGAUCUUGGUAGAUCUUCCCGAAGAUGUCAUCUCAAGCAAAGUUCAAGAAAGACAAAGAGAUCAUAGCAGAAUAUGAAACUCAAGUAAAAGAAAUUCGUACCCAGUUGGUGGAACAGUUCAAAUGCCUAGAACAGCAGUCUGAAUCCCGGUUGCAGCUCCUGCAGGACCUCCAGGAGUUCUUCCGCAGAAAGGCUGAGAUUGAACUGGAGUAUUCUAGGAACUUAGAAAAACUUGCGGAGAGAUUUUCUUCCAAGAUUCGCAGCUCCAGGGAACACCACCAGUUCAAGAAGGAUCAGCACCUUCUUUCUCCUGUGAACUGCUGGUAUCUGGUACUGACCCAAACUCGGAGAGAAAGCAGAGACCAUGCUACCCUGAAUGACAUCUUCAUGAACAAUGUCAUUGUCAGACUCUCCCAGAUCAGUGAGGAUGUCAUCCGGCUAUUUAAAAAGAGUAAGGAAAUUGGACUUCAGAUGCACGAAGAACUCCUGAAGGUGACCAAUGAACUCUACACUGUGAUGAAAACAUACCAUAUGUACCACGCUGAAAGCAUCAGUGCCGAAAGCAAACUGAAGGAAGCCGAGAAGCAAGAAGAGAAACAGUUCAACAAAGCAGGGGACAUCAGCGUGAACCUGUUGCGGCAUGAAGAUAGGCCCCAGCGCCGCAGCUCUGUCAAGAAGAUUGAGAAGAUGAAGGAAAAGAGGCAAGCAAAAUACUCAGAAAAUAAGCUGAAGUGCACUAAAGCUAGGAACGAUUAUCUGCUGAACCUGGCAGCGACAAAUGCAGCAGUCAGUAAAUACUACAUCCAUGAUGUCUCAGACCUGAUUGAUUGCUGUGACUUGGGAUUCCAUGCCAGCCUGGCACGGGCGUUCAGAACAUAUCUUUCUGCUGAAUACAAUCUAGAAACCUCACGUCACGAGGGCCUGGACAUCAUUGAGAAUGCUGUAGACAACCUGGAUGCACGGAGUGACAAGCAUACAGUCAUGGAUAUGUGCAACCAAGUCUUCUGUCCUCCACUAAAGUUUGAAUACCAGCCUCAUAUGGGGGAUGAGGUAUGUCAAGUGAGCGCCCAGCAGCCAGUUCAGACAGAGUUGCUCAUGCGAUAUCACCAGCUGCAGUCUAGACUUGCCACACUCAAAAUAGAAAAUGAAGAGGUGCGAAAAACAUUGGAUGCUACUAUGCAGACAUUGCAAGACAUGCUGACAGUGGAAGAUUUUGAUGUCUCAGAUGCCUUCCAGCAUAGUCGCUCCACUGAGUCGGUCAAAUCAGCUGCUUCAGAGACUUACAUGAGUAAAAUAAACAUUGCCAAGAGGAGAGCCAACCAACAAGAAACUGAAAUGUUCUAUUUUACUAAAUUUAAAGAGUAUUUGAAUGGCAGCAACCUUAUUACCAAGCUGCAGGCUAAACACGACUUACUGAAGCAGACUCUGGGAGAAGGUGAAAGAGCUGAAUGCGGUACAACCAGGCCCCCAUGUCUUCCCCCUAAGCCACAGAAAAUGAGGAGACCUAGGCCUCUCUCAGUCUAUAAUCAUAAACUCUUUAACGGCAAUAUGGAAACAUUCAUUAAGGAUUCAGGACAGGCUAUUCCACUUGUGGUCGAAAGUUGCAUUCGGUACAUCAACUUAUAUGGUCUUCAACAACAGGGUAUUUUUAGAGUUCCUGGAUCUCAGGUUGAAGUCAAUGAUAUCAAGAACUCAUUUGAGAGAGGUGAAGAUCCCCUUGCUGAUGAUCAAAAUGAACGUGACAUUAAUUCUGUUGCUGGGGUCUUAAAGCUGUAUUUCCGAGGACUGGAAAAUCCACUCUUUCCUAAGGAAAGAUUUCAAGACUUGAUCUCUACUAUAAAAAUUGAAAGCGUUGCAGAACGAGUGCACCAGAUCCAGCAAAUCGUUAUUACCUUGCCACGGGCCGUCAUCAUUGUCAUGAGAUAUCUCUUUGCUUUCCUCAACCACUUGUCACAGUACAGUGAUGAGAACAUGAUGGAUCCUUACAACCUGGCCAUCUGCUUUGGACCAACUUUGAUGCAUAUUCCAGAUGGGCAGGAUCCAGUGUCCUGCCAGGCUCAUGUCAACGAGGUCAUCAAAACUAUCAUAAUCAAUCAUGAAGCCAUCUUCCCUAGCCUCAGGGAGCUGGAAGGACCCGUUUAUGAAAAAUGCAUGACAGGUGGCGAAGAGUACUGUGACAGCCCGCACAGUGAGCCAGGCACCAUUGAUGAAGCAGACCAUGACAAUGGCACGGAGCCACACACCAGCGACGAUGAGGUGGAACAGAUUGAAGCUAUUGCCAAGUUUGACUACAUUGGGCGGUCCCCACGCGAGUUGUCUUUCAAGAAAGGUGCCUCACUUCUAUUGUACCAUCGAGCAUCUGAAGACUGGUGGGAAGGUCGCCAUAAUGGUGUGGAUGGCCUCAUACCACAUCAGUACAUAGUGGUGCAAGAUAUGGACGAUGCAUUCUCAGACAGCCUGAGUCAGAAGGCAGACAGCGAGGCAAGUAGUGGACCUCUGCUGGAUGAUAAAGCCUCAUCAAAGAAUGACAUCCAGUCUCCAACAGACCAUAUUCCAGACUACGGAUUUGGGGGAGUAAUGGGACGGGUAAGGUUGAGAUCCGACGGGGCAGCAAUCCCUCGCCGUCGCAGUGGAGGCGAUACACACAGCCCUCCCAGAGGGAUUGGUCCUGGGAUAGACACCCCUCCUCGAGCAGCAGCUUGUCCCAGCAGUCCCCACAUAUUACCACUGAACAGAAGCAGGAUUGAGAGCCCAGAGAAGCGCAGGAUGGCCACUUUUGGCAGUGCUGGCAGCAUCAACUAUCCAGACAGGAAGGCCUUGAUUGACGGCCACCCACUGAGGCCCACCUGCAGCUCAACUCGGCACAGUAGUCUUGGGGAUCAGAAGUCACUAGAAGCCGAAGCACUUGCAGAGGACAUUGAGAAGACAAUGAGCACAGCAUUGAAUGAGCUGCGUGAGCUUGAAAGGCAAAAUACUGUGAAACAAGCCCCUGACGUUGUCCUGGACACCCUUGAACCAAUGAAGAACCCUCAGAUAGGUUCUGUCAACUCUGAACCUGCCAGCCCCCUUCACACCAUCAUGAUCAGAGAUCCUGAUGCUGCCAUGAGGCGUAGCAGCAGCUCAACCACAGAGAUGAUGACUACUUUUAAGCCUGCCCUCUCAGCCCGGCUUGCUGGAGCUCAGCUUAGGCCCCCACCCAUGAGACCCAUCCGGCCAGUUGUCCAGCAUCGAUCAAGUAGCAGCAGUAGCUCAGGAAUGGGUAGUCCUGCAGUGACACCCACAGAGAAGAUCUUCCCAAAUAGCUCCUCAGAUAAAUCUGGCACCAUGUAGCUAGCACCAUCCCGAGGAAAUCUCUGGUGGAAACAUGGGUAACCACCCCUAUUUUCAUUUCCUGUGUGAUUGUACAAAAUGAUGUCAUUUACUGAAGGGAAAAGGCAGCGAAAACGACUCUUGGAAAAACAAUGGCACUGAGGACAGUAGGUGUGGCUUAAGGAUUUCAUGAUAUUUUACACACAUACUCAUCAAGAUUGCUGGAAAUAUUUGGUGUAGCCAAAUAAGAUGGCUAUUUUAUGUAUUACCACUGGAACAUUCUGGUCUGUGUAGAAGUAUAUAUAUAUAUGACACUGUCCAUAGCCCAGUAACAUUUUAGUAGAUUUACCUCAGAAACUCACCCCUAGACUUCUGCUGGAGAGCGAUUUUGUGUGUGUGAGUGAGUGUGCGUGUGUGGAUUACACAGCAACCGUGCAUUAAGCAAUAGAAGAUUGGUCAGUCCUUGAAUUGAAUAUUCACACUGGCUUGGCUUGGCGUUAGAGUUGCAGCAAGCAAAAGGAAACACCCUGGGGGUUUGGCUCAGCUGUUGUCCUGCAAAUACAGAAGUGCAUCUGAUGGUGAUGUUUACCCUGCUAGGUAGAUGGAUGGAUUUUUGUCUGCAAGUUCAUCUCUUAAAGACUGGUUCAUUGAAACAUGGAAGCUUGUGGUCAUUUCCUGGUUGGAAGGAGUAUACCACCUGUGGACGCAAAGAAAUUAAAAGUAGUACACCUUCCCUUUGCGUGAAGGGAAAACCUAGGAUUUUCUGUACGUACUUCAUGUUGUAGCACAAUGUUAUGUGUGUACAAAAGAAACUCAACUCCUGCUGUCUUGAAGUUUUCAAAACAGAAGAGGACUCUGAAGUAACCUGUGGUUGAUAACAAUAAAUAAAUAGGCUAACUUAUAUAGUGUUUGAAAUAUUUUAUUCCCCCAUCCUUUGGAGAAAAUCUGGAUUAAAACAGGCAAGGAAGAUUUUGGUAAAACCACAUUCCCUUUAAAAUGACUCAGCAGCACAAGAGGGUCUUGACUCAAACUGUGUCCCCUUGCAUGAAUAGCAUGAGCCAUAUUUGACCACGUCAGAUAUAUAACUGAUCUGAUGAGGUGACAAUUUGCACUUUCUGUACUGUACUAUAUAACAAUAUACAGCCGUUUGGAGUUUAUGAAAACAAAGUUACGUUUCUUUCUAAAAUUUAACCUAGGCAAAAAAUAAUAAUUAUGCAGCGAGAGCUCGGGGUUGCAUGAUAGCUAAAACUUUUCCCUAUUUACUGAACUCAAGACUCUUCUUGCUGCAAUUUUUUUAUUUUGUCUCCUUUUUUGCGGACAUCUCUGGCUGGACAUUUUCACUUUUAAUUUAAACACCGUUGUGCUUCUUGACGAACCUCGUUCAGACUGUGCACUUGAUUAACUCUGCACUUUCCUUUCCUUUCUUGGCAUCUUUUGGCUUUAAUUUUGCAGUGGCCAUCAUUGAAAAAGAAGCUGGACUCGUUUCCCAUUACUCCCUAGAGGUUGGUUUUAAUGGCAUCUGCCAUCUUUCAGGAUGGUGUACCAUAUUUAAAGCAGGGCCAGAGCUGUCAGGCAAUCCUGUGGAGGCUUGGCAGUGGCAGGGAGUUCGCGAUGGAGGAACCAUCACUUCCUAAGCCCUGCAAGGCUUGUUCCAGUUUGGAUCUAGGCUUGGCUGGGGUGGCGGAGGCAGCAGCUCUUUGCUUCCCCACCCUCGCCAUUGGUUUCAAUGAGAAGGUGUCCAGGACAUGCCUGGAGGGGGGAGGGAAGAGAUUAUUUGCAUCAAUAUAUGCCUGGAAUUCUCCCAUUUUGCCCUCACUGCCCUUGGGGACACUGAGGACUAUAUUAGCAAUGGCCUGCAGGAGGACUCCAGCUAUUGGUCUCCCCCACUGAAAACAGAGAGGGAGUACCCAGUUGCCUGCCAGGCAACCUUCCCAUGGGUUUAGGAUUGUUCCUUUAGUAACUUACCAUUUUAUCCUCCUUUAUUUGCACAAAUACAUCCCCAGUCCCGUCUGUGUACAUAAAAUGCAUAGAAUAGCCAAGUAUUGGGUGGGAUAUCUAUUACCCUCUGAAGUAAACACACACAAUCAUUGUGUGAUUCUCCUUUCUUUAAAUACCUCAUGUGCAAGCAUGCUUCAUCCAUGUUCCCUCUUCUCUUAACUGCCCCUUGCCUGUUUUAGUCUGUUUAUAUAAUGGUGUACCUGCUUAAAUGAUGAAAAGUAACUGCUACAAUGUAACCUUUUUUUUAAGGCUAAAUUUUAGUUGAGACCCAGUGAUACCCAAUCUUUGCACUUAGUAGAUAAUUCAGUGUAACAAAAAUGCAUCGGUAAAAAUGAAAACAACCUCCCCAUCCCUAAAACAGUCCUGACCUUCCCAUGUAUAGUGUGAAGGGAAAAUAAUGUAUGUAGUUUAUUCUAUUAUUGUUCCUUAAUAUAAUAUUACAAAGAGAAAAUGUGUUUACCUACAUGUCUGCUAAUGUUGUAGGCAUUUGUAAUUGCCACAAUUAGUUAAUAUAGGAGUGUGUUUUUUUCCAUUCAUCAAAUUAUUUUUAUCUCUCCCACCCCCCCUCCCUUGCCUUUCCAACUUUAGAGUAACCCAAAGGUCAUUAUGACAGCAGAUGUUAAGUUUGCUGUAGUAAAGAGCAAGUAAGUGACGUCUUAGGCAUUGGGAUGGGGGUGGAGGAAAAAUCAUUUGUCAAACUAUUUUAUCUCCAUUGCCAGUUACGUUUCCCCCACUUUAGCUCACGGGGAACAGUUACUUUAGCAGCGGUUUUUUUUUAAGCAUACUUUUGAAAGUGACUUGAGAACAAAACCAUGACUUUAUUUGAGGGUUUACUUUGAUACACUUCCAGUGUCUUUUUAAAAAUAAAUUAUUUUUUGCAUCUUCAUCUGUAGGUGGGGUUGUGUUUUUUUAAAAAAAUCUUUAAGUGCCUUUUGAGCACCGGAACAAAUGCUUGGAUUAAAUGUGCUUGGGAACUAGACAUAUCAAGAUAUCUCUUGUACAGUUAAUGUUAUACUGUGGGUGCAUUGCUUUAAAGUUUCCCCCUCCUCUUUCUGUUGUAUGAACAAGAAAUGUAUUUGCAUUUUUAAAGAGCUACCCACAUACUCGCAUACAAACCGCAGUGUUUGUCAAAUUGCAGGCAACCACUAGGAAUUGUAGAAGACCUUCUGCAUUUGUGUGUAGUACAAAAAUCACAACAUUGGCAAAAUAUGUUGUCGAAUCAUCAAAUCUUGGGUAGAGUUUGCACGUGUCUACACAGUUCAGUUGUGUAGGUUUGGGGCACAAUAAUCUACUGGCAACUGUUUCAUUUUGCAAAGUGCCAUUUCCUGUGCGGUCUCGCACAAGAGAAAUUCCUGGUAGAUUUGCCUGUGUCCUCAGACACAACUGGAUCUGCCUUGACUCAACACAAUAAUUUCAAGGGACAAUUGAAAAUGCGUUAAAGUAGUGAAUGUGAAGUGCAUGAGCUGGAUAUUGUAAAUCAUUUGGGGGGGGCAGGAGAAUGAAGCAAAUCCGUCUCUUGCUCACUAUGCUAAUUAUGUCUUGUUCGUGCUGAUGCGAUUCCUAAAUCAGUAAUGGGAGCAUCUGUGUUGAGUUGAUCUGAGACCAAUAUCAGGGCAUAUAUAAUUUGGCGUGUGGUGCCAAAAUGAAGGGGGGGAUUGUAGUGUUGGUUAAAUUGGCUGAAGAAAAUACCAGAUGCAGCCUUUAAAUAAAAAAAUUAAAAAUUCUCAACUUCAAAAUGUUCCUAACAAUGAAAACUGUUCCUUUUUCUUUAUUGGCCUCUGGGCAAAUAAUGGGAGAGUGUCUCAAUGCCACAGUACUGAUGGAUACUGCACUCUAAAAUGGAGGGGGGGGGUUUUCCAAUGCAAAGCAAGUAAAAUAUCAUAGAAUUGACCUCUGAUCCUCCCCAUAAAAUCAGAAUGCUCUUCUUCAAUCACAGCUACUUUAGCUUGCGCCCAGAGAUGGCUGACUGUAGAUGUUGUCGCCUCUUCUCUUCUUCACCCCCUUGUAGCUUGGUGGCAGUAUUCCUUUUGUUCAACCAAGUGAUGCGUGUUAACGGUGCUGACUUAAAAGCAAUUGCACCCACCCUUAUAUUAUUGCUGUACAGAAACUGUCAUAAGCAAACAAUGUAAAUGUUUAAGACCUUUUAAUGAUAUAAAGACCAUGCACUUUUCCUCCCUCUUUGACUAAACAAUACAGUACCUGAUAGGGUUGUUUUUUUUCUGUUUGUAAAUCCUGGACUAUAUAAUUUCCUAGCAGUGCUGCAGUUUUCACAGUAUGGCAAUAGGCCUUCUGAAUCCAAUUUGCUUCUGAGUGGCUGCUUUUUGUUCUUGCCAGAAAACCUUAGGAAACUGCUGGUUGGCUGCCCUGUAUAAUGAUUGUCGCCCCUCUUAUGGAUAUUGUCUCUGUAAUGUAUGAUAAAAUGCCAUUCAGUUAGAGUGUCUGAUUGGAUCCUAUGUUAUGUAUGCUGAUGAUGCCAUGUAGAUCAAACCACUGGUUGGGUGUGGACUCAUCCUGUUGAAUAAACAGUUUACCUUUUCUCAAA